AAUGGCUACUGAGAACUGUACAGUAGUUACUGAGUUCAUUCUUUUGGGAUUAACUGAUCGUGCUGAACUGAAGAAGAUCCUCUUUGUUUUAUUUUUGGUGAUUUAUGCUGUUACCUUGUUAGGGAAUCUGGGCAUGAUUCUGUUAAUCUGUAUCACUCCCAAACUACACACACCAAUGUACUUUUUCCUCAGUUGCCUGUCAUUUGUAGAUGCAUGCUAUUCAUCAGUCAUUGCACCAAAAAUGUUGAUUAGUUUCUUGGUAGUAACAGAAACCAUCUCUUUCUCUGCCUGCAUCAUGCAACAUUUGUUUUUUGGAGUGCUUGUUACCACAGAAGGCUUCUUGCUGUCAGUGAUGGCUUAUGAUCGUUAUGUGGGCAUUGUCAGCCCAUUGUUGUAUACUGUGUCUAUGUCUAAAGGAAAGUGUAUUGUACUGGUCAUUGGGUCAGUCAUAGGUGGAACUAUUAACUCUUUGACGCACACCAUAAGUUUAAGUAAACUGUCUUUUUGUGGGCCUAAUAUAGUGGGUCAUUUCUUUUGUGACAUACCAUCAUUGCUGAUACUCUCAUGUUCUGACACCUCCAUGAAUGAAUAUUUGCUCUUGAUCUUUUCUGGAGUUAUUGCCAUUGGUACUCUCUUGAUUGUGGUCAUAUCCUACUUAUUCAUUGCUCUGGCCAUUUUGAGAAUACGCUCAGCUUCUGGAAGACAAAAAGCCUUCUCAACAUGUGCUUCUCACCUGACUGCUGUGACUAUAUUCUAUGGCACCUUAAGCUUUAAUUACAUUCAGCCAAGCUCCCAGUAUUCUGUAGAACAAGAGAAGGUGGUGUCAGUGUUCUAUACACUGGUGAUUCCCAUGUUAAACCCAAUGAUUUACUGCCUCAGGAACAAAGAGGUGAAGGAAGCUGCAAAGAGAGCCAUAGAAAGGAAGUUCUUCUCAUGUUAA